AUGGAGACGCUGUACCACCAGACGAAUAAACUCGUCCAAGAGACCCAGCACCUGUUCACGAAAUUGGACAAACGACUGCCUAACCUAGAUCAUAAGGCAGUGGAGGGUGAAAUUUUAUCGAAAAUUGGAGUUAUCAAUAGUAACUGUGAAAGACUGGACGUUCUUUGUAUGAAGGGUCCGAUAACCCAGCGCCAACACGCGAAAAUGCGAGUGGAUCAGUUGAAAUACGACAGCCGUCACCUGAUAGCAGCGCUGAACUCCUGGAGGGUCCAGCAGAGCCGUAAGAAAGAAGCUGAGGCCGAAAGAGAGGCCCUCCUCUCUCAAAAAUUUACGACAAAUGAUCACAUAGAGAUUAACAUCGAUCGUGAUGUUCAGUACAACAGUCAAGUGGCCAAUGCUAAUCAGGGGAUUGACAAUCUUCUAGCACAUGGUACUGGCAUAAUCGAGAGCCUGAGAUCCCAAAGGAUGACUUUGAAAGGGGCUCACAAACGUCUCAUCGAUAUUGGAAAUACCUUGGGACUUUCUAAUACUACCAUGAGGCUCAUAGAGCAGAGGGCAAAAGCUGAUGGUUUCAUAUUAGUCGGGGGAAUGCUCUUCACGAUCCUCAUUAUGACUCUCGUCGUUGUCUACCUCACGUGAAUGCAAAUCAUUAUUUCGCAGUCGGAAAAGAAGAAUCACACGUCUGUUGGAGUAGGCGGGAGAGGGAAGGGUAAAAUUACCAGUCUUUGAUUGCCAAUAACUCGAGAGCGGCAGAGUUAACUUCAAUUUUUUUUCCACCUCGAAGACAUUUUUUCGUGCUUUAACAUGAGCUUUGAUUUAACUGAAAUCGCAUCGUUUGAUCGGGAUAUAUCGAUGAUUUAAAAAGGAUGAUUUUUAUCGUUCACCAUGUAGAAUACGAAUUGAUGCUACUGGUAUAAUUUUUGCAAAUUGUUGAUAAAUGAUGAUAGUUUUUUACACAUUCGCAGAAAUGAUUAAUUGUAAAUACCAUAUUUCAAACUUUUCUUAAUGGAUAGGAGAAGAGAAUUCACAAGUUCGCAAUGAAAAAGCCAGAAUGUCUUUCUUAAACUUUAUUUUUUAAUGAAAUUUUGUGAUGUAUUAUUGGAAAAUAUGGAAUGCAGAUCUCUCCUGAAGUUUUUCCAUCAUUACACCAGAUUACGAAACUACUUGUGAAAAUUUAGACAGCAAUACUGUAAUUUAUACCUAAAUGAAACUAAAAUAAAUAAUUUAUACACUA